AUGAAUUUGGAACAAGUUUUUCAGGUGCAAAAUCAAUUCUUCAGAUAUUUGACCUACUAUUGUACGAUCUCAAGCUCGAGGAAUGUACACAUGACGUCGCAACACUAAUUGCAACUCUACUCAUCACACCUAUCUACCAUCUUUCUCUCCUCUCCACAACUCGCCAGUUUUCAUUGCUCCGUCUGGACGGAGGGCUACACGAGCAUGCCCCUUUCCGCGCGCAUACUUGCGCUAAAUCAUCGUUUGGCGGUUCGGGGGGACUGGGCAAACGUAAGUGUGUGGAAUGACGAGCGUUGGUGCGCAUGUUCUGGGUGUGCAAAUAGCAUGUCUUCGGAUAGAACUUCUUUUUCGUUUUCGUUUCGCCUGCGGUGUUGUGGAUUGUUGCGGUGCUGCGUUACAUUCCACGGCCCGGCUCGGCCGUUUCGCCGUGUACGUUGUGGCACUUGUCGAAGAUAAAGCUCUGGGUAUGUCGAUUCAUUAUCUUGCGACUUUUGGAAGUCAGUAUAAAGGGUAAGUACAUGAAUGAGAAGAUCAUCUGUUGCUGGUUGUGUGAGAGUGCUGUUGUGGUUGGUGAGGAUGUAAUCUCCUUGGGUGAUCGCUCUCUUUUUAGUACGUGGUACAAAGUGUGAAGCCUGUAUAUGGCUUUUUUUGGGUAAGCUAAGGUCAUCCAGAUGUAUUCUCUUUGUAAUAUCUUCAUCAUAUGAUGAGUGAAGUUUUGGUCGCUCAUGGUUUUUUUCAUUUGUCUUUCCCGUUCCGUGGUCCAACAGUCUGUGUUCCGAUCGGUGUGACACUUUU